CUACCUUCUGGUAGUUGUAGUCCACAAGUCAGUAUCGUUUCCGUGUAUCUAGCCUUCGUUAGUUAGGUGGUGGAAUCUGCUCUGAAAAGACAAACACAUGUGAAAUUAUUGAUCAGCAGGGUCGUGUGAAUUUAUGGAAACAUGUCAAAGAAACGGGCCAGGAAGCGUAGCAAUGGAGAGCUGAGUGAGAGUUCAGCGUCGACCCUGAGCCCAGACCUUGACAACCUGCUGGGUCGUAGGAUUCAGCACACCUGGAGGGAGAAAGGUAACGUGACCAAGUGGAAAGGCACCGUUCUGGAGCGCCUAACUGUGAACACCUCCCUCUUCAUGGUCAAAUAUGACGGCUUUGACUGCGUGUAUGGCAUCGAACUCUUCAAAGACAACCGGGUGUCCAACUUGCAGGUGUUGUCAGAGAAAGUCGUAAACAAUAAGAUCAAGGUGCCUGCCGGGGCGGAGGAGCUGGUGGGCCGGGCUGUGGAGCAUCUGUUUGAGAAGGAGGACGGUGAGAAAAACGAGUGGCGAGGCAUGGUGCUGUCCCGAGCCCCCAUCAUGACCCACUGGUACUACAUCACCUACGAGAAGGAUCCGGUGCUGUACAUGUACCAGCUGUGGGACGACUAUAAGGACGGAGAUCUACGUGUCCUGCCUGAAUCAGAGUCCCUCCAAGGUGCCAUGGGUGCUGGUGACGGGUGCCAGUACAGACAGCGCGGGAACAGUUGGCAUACCAUCACGCCAGGCUGGGUGCCCAGAUAGUAAUAACAACGAGGAGGGAGUGCAUGCAUUACACAAGGUCUGUGCUCUUGAGAAUGUGUCUGAUGCAAUUCGUCACCUGUUGUGCACUUCCUUUUACACAUCCAUCACUAUUAUUCUAGCAUUUUCUUUCUUUGUGAAACCAUCUGCCUGGACUCUUGGCAACGGCUGUCAUUGUUCAGACAUAAUCAUUAUAAACUCAAGUCUCUUUGGCUGUGAAUCCAUCUCUUCUCACAAGGUCAUAGUAGCUUUUAUAUUUAAUUGAGGAUUAAAAUAUAAAAGAAAAAGCACCUUAUGUGUGCCUAGUUAUGGCUGUGAUGUAUGAUUCUGUCACAGUCCUGGGGGUAGAAGAAGUGUAUGGGGGCCCACAAGCCUGGACAGCAACAUGUUUUGUCUCUUUGAUCCAUUUAUUUGAUCAACAACGCAGUAGGCUAGAAUAAAGCCAGAGUGUAUAAAAUGAUCAGAUUCACCGAUUCAGAUUUUUUUAAUGUAUAGAUUCUCUUUCAAGAGAAAAGGGAUCCUUUUUAUGUUCUGGGACCAAAACCAACAAUAAAUCAACCACCUCUUUGCCUCUUUACCAAACAGGCUGUGAGCGUUUUCUGAGCUCUGACGGAUGUGAGACAGAAACGUCUUAAUGUAUCACAUCUAUACACUCAUACAAUUAUAAAGGCUGUUAAGAGAGAGUCUUUGGCUCUAUUUUUUCUGUGGGUUGCAUUAUUACAGGACCUUCAUUGAAAACCUUGAAACUUUGUCUGCAUUCUUAUUGGCCAAUAAACAAAUGCACUUGACUCUUUUGUGUUGCUUAGCAACACAAGCCAGUCCCUGGUUUUUAUAUAUGAAAAACCAGCAUGCCGCCAAUCUGGAGACUUACAGGGUGCAGUGUGAAUGAGACCAGCCACAAUGCAUAUUUAAUUAAAACGUUGCAAGCUUUUAUGAUUGAAGGAGGCUGUAAGCAUUGUCUGUUAUUAACAGGAGAUGGUGACAUGAAUGAUUUUUUACAUUUAGUGUCGGUGUAGACAAAGAUGAUACGUCACAAAUGUAUCUUGCAUGUUGGUAUCAUGUCAGCUUUGGAUUUCAAAUCAAACAAUCUUUCAUUUGCAUUUCUGUGAUAAAUAUAGUGCCUUUUUUAUUUAAAGAAUUUCCUUUUUUCAUUUGAGGUGGGCUUGAAUUUCUGUUCUAAGCAGCCUGCUUGCCAUGCGUAACAAAAAUGGGAUCCUGUCAGGUCACUCAUGCAGGUAUCCUGAGGGAGGGAGAGGCAGAUAGAGUAUAUGUGGUGUGUUUUCAAAUGUUUAAUGUCUGAAGCCUCAAGCAUUUUCCAUCAUUUUUCAAUCCUUUUAAAUUACCCUUUUCUAAAAUAAUUACUGUGCUCGCCUCAACUGCUUUGUAUGUAUGUAAGCACAGCUGGUAGAAUUUGACUUAAUGCUGAAGCAUCGUGAUUUGAAGUCUUUUAAUUGUAAAUCUGUGUCUGUUACUAUAUCCCUUUCUUCCGUGACAGAUAAAUGUUUUCCUCUAUAUGACUACAGCAUCAGCUGUUAUACCAGCACUGGAGCAGAGAGCAGGAUCUAUCGGACUUCUGUCUUAUGUGUGAGCAUGCCUCUCAGACUUCUUAGUGACUGUAGAUAUGUUAUAUUUGCUCAGGUCUGUUUACUGAUAUUAAUCAAAGCUCAGACAAGGCCUGGCUCUGCAUCCACCCAAUAGGCAGACCAAAUACUUGCAGUAAAGUGUAAUAAAAAGCAAAAAACAUAGAAAUAAGGACGGAUAAUGUGUGUAAGAGACUCAUUCCAUAAUGUUUUCUAAUCCUAAUGUAGCACUGCCACUAAGUUCACACUGAAUGCUUUAAUAAUUAGGAUGAUUGAUGCCCAGCUGGUUUUGAGACCUGUUGGUGUGCAUUAGACUU